CUUUCAUUAUAUGAUUUACAACAAAAACUGGUUUUAUUACUCUGCUUACAUACCAUGUGGCGUCCUCGCAGUGAUAUUGGUCGAUUACAAUACCGAGAUACUAUUUUGCGAUACAAACCUGCAACUCAGUCACUUUUAGGUGCAGUGUUACACAUAAGAAAGCCCAAGGAAGCACAACAAAAGACAACUCAAUUGGGUCUAUUGCCGACUGAACAACUCGAACUUUGUGUAGUUCACUGCCUUGAACAUUUUCUCAAAGAAACCCUGAUUUAUCGUUCCACCUUACCUGAAGAUCAUUCACUCCUGUUGACAUAUCUAAACAAUCCUGAAGAAACACCACCUACAAGCAUCCAACCAAAGACAGCUGCAACAUGGGUGAAG